UCUAAGGACAGCGCGCAAGAAACAGGAAGUGCGGUUUACAUAAGAAAAAUAAAGAUCGCGGCUGCCUAAACAUUCCGUUACCAAAUGAAGUCUGCGUGUCAACGAACGUUCUCGAUGUAGAGAUUUCACGGAUUUUGAGAUGGCUGCAGAUGAAAUGUCCUCUUCGUCUGCUUCGGCAUUGGACCUCAACUCUGAGAAUUUGCACUCUGCUACCAGUCCUUCCCAUCUCACCCACUUUAAGCCGCUCACUCCUGAGCAAGACGAACCCCCCUUGAAGUCGGCAUACAGCUCCUUUGUCAGCCUCUUUCGCUUCAGCAAAGAUGAGGGCAGGCCUGCUGCAGCACCAGGGAAGACUGAGGUGGCAUCUGGUUACCAGCAGCAGAUGCCAAGAGGACCCUGGUCCAGUCCAAGUCACUCAAGCAGAUCGCAGUCUGUGAGGUCACCGGUGGCACAUAAGAAACAACAUGGAGCAGAUCUUCAGAGACGCAGUUCUGCGGUUUCAGAAGGUCGUCGGAAAGGAGAAGCAGCCCUUAGUGGACAUGACCCUCGGACAGCAGUCCAGUUGCGGAGCAUCAGCACCGUCCUGAAACGCCUCAAGGAGAUCAUGGAAGGCAAGAGUCAGGACAGCGACCUGAAACAGUACUGGAUGCCAGAUAGCCAAUGUAAAGAAUGUUACGAUUGCAAUGAAAAAUUUACAACCUUCAGGCGUCGACACCAUUGCCGACUGUGCGGACAGAUUUUCUGCAGCCGCUGUUGCAACCAAGAGAUCCCUGGCAAAUUUAUGGGCUAUACUGGAGACCUCCGGGCCUGCACUUAUUGUCGUAAGAUAGCUUUGAACUAUGCCCACUCUGGAGACAGCAACUCAAUUGGAGAGGAUUUGAGUGUAUUGUCUGACUCGACUUGUUCUGUGUCCGCACUGGAGCCCAGUGAGCCACGCACGCCUGUUGGGGGCAGGAAGGCCAGUCGAAAUAUUUUCUUGGAGGAGGAUCUUCCUUGGCAGAGUUUAAUUCACCAGGACUCACAGAAUAACAGCUUAACAACUCGCCUGUCCAGUGUACAAGAAGAUGUGGGAAAAUCGCCAGCACGGAAAAGGUCUGCCAGCAUUACCAAUUUGUCUCUGGACCGCUCCGUCACAUCCCUGGUUCCUGCUUAUGAAAGUUCUAUCAGCCCCCAGGCCAACCGCGCUUACAUCAAAGCUGAUGAAGAGGAAAGGAAGAUUUUGCUGGAUUCUGUGCAGCUUAAAGAACUUUGGAAAAAAAUAUGCCAUCACAACACAGGCAUGGAGUUCCAGGACCACCGUUAUUGGCUACGAACAUACCCAAACUGCAUUGUGGGAAAAGACAUGGUUAAUUGGCUUCUCAGAAAUGGACAUAUAACAACAAGAGCACAAGCCAUUGCAAUCGGCCAGGCACUCGUUGAUGGGCGGUGGUUGGAUUGUGUUACUCACCAUGAUCAAAUAUUCAGGGAUGAAUACGCACUGUAUCGCGCUCUGCAGAGCACAGAGUUCUCAGAAACGCCAUCACCAGACAGUGAUUCGGUGAAUUCAUUUGAGGGGCAUUCUGAGCCCUCCUGGUUUAAGGAUAUUAAAUUUGAUGAUAGUGACACAGAGCACAUUGCCGAUGAAGGUGAAGAUAUUAUGCCAAACUCUGCCAGUCCCAGCAAAAGAACAUCUGUAAGCAGCUUUCAGUCAGCGGUUGACAGCGAUUCAGCAGCUUCUAUCAGCCUCAAUGUAGAGCAGGAUAAUGUCAACUUCCACAUCAAGAAACAGUCCAAGUACCCUUAUGUGCCACCCCACCCUACCGAGCAAAAAGAGUUCCUGAUGUUGGAAGACGGAGAACAACAAAUGAUUUCCAUCAGCGAUGCUUUUAUAAAAGAGUCCCUGUUUAAUCGAAGGGUGGAGGAAAAGACCAAAGACCUGCUCUUCACACCCCUUGCUUGGCAUCACAGCUCACUCGACCAACUGAGGGAAGAGAAUGGAGAAAAACAAGCAAUGGAGAGGCUGCUUUCUGCCAACCACAGCCACAUGAUGGCACUGUUGCAGCAGUUGCUGUAUAACGAGUCCCUGUCUCUUUCAUGGAGGGAUAUUAUCGUUCCUGUAGUGCGUCAGGUUGUGCAAACCGUUCAUCCAAACGUGCGGAAUAAUGAUGAUGACAUGGAUAUCCGUCAGUUUGUUCACAUCAAAAAAAUCCCAGGAGGAAAGAAAUUUGACUGUUCGGUUGUAAAUGGUUUUGUUUGUACCAAAAACAUAGCGCAUAAGAAGAUGAACCAACAAAUUAAAAACCCUAAAAUCCUCCUACUGAAAUGCUCCAUUGAGUAUCUGUAUAGAGAAGAGACCAAGUUUACAAGCAUCGAUCCCAUCGUUGUGCAGGAACAUGAAUUCUUAAGGAAUUACGUUCAGAGAAUAAUGGAUGUACGUCCUAAUUUAGUCCUGGUGGAGAAGACGGUGUCCAGGAUAGCUCAGGACAUGCUGCUGGAACAGGGCAUCACUUUGGUCAUCAACGUGAAGCCACAAGUGUUGGACAGAGUGAGCCGAAUGACUCAAGGAGAUCUGGUCAUGUCCAUGGAUCAGCUUUUGACGAAACCUCGCCUAGGAACUUGUCACAAGUUCUACAUGCACCAGUUUCAGCUGGCCAGUGCAGAGGAGACUAAGACACUCAUGUUCUUUGAGGGAUGUCCGGCUCACUUGGGAUGCACGAUCAAACUGCGUGGGGCUCCAGAAUAUGAGUUAGCCCGAGUGAAGGAGAUCAUCAUCUUUAUGAUCUGUGCCGCAUAUCAUUCACAGUUAGAAAUUUCCUUUCUGAUGGAUGAGUUUGCAAUGCCCCCCAGCACCACAAAGAGCAGGUCGUUCCAUUCUUUCAUAGAUGGUGGAGCUACUGAAGAAGACCGAGAGGAUCUUUUCCAAGGUGAAGACCAUCACGCUCUUAAUAAGGAGGUGGAUUUGCCUUCUGAGAAGCUACCGGCGAUUUUUGAGUCGGUCUCUACAGAGCAGAAUGGCUAUUACAAAGAAAAUGGGGGGCUUGAUGACGGAGCUUUUUGCGAGGAAUUGGAAGAAGUCGAUGGUCUAAAACCCGAGCCUCGUGAAUCGGGAGAGGUACAUAGACCUUCUGUGCCAUCCAUUUUAGCAGCUCCAUUCUUAAUAGAUGACCUCAAAGAUGACGUCAGUGAAAGCAGUACGUUAAGUGAGACCACCGCCAUCCUUGAUGGUGAAACCGAGGAGCCACAGACGGUAAAAUCCCCACCUCGACUCUUCAGGGACCCCCUUCAGGAUGACACUGGUUUGUUCAUAGCAGAAGAAGUUGCUUCCUCCGAAGACCGACUCAAGUUGUAUUCUGUUGCCUUUAAGCAGGAGCUUAAAGAUGUUAUUCUUUGUGUCUCGCCUUUCAUUUCCUUCAGAGAACCAUUUUUGUUGACCCCCAAGGGCAUGCGAUGUCCUAGCAGGGAUUACUUUCCAGAGCAAGUCUACCUCUCGCCUCUUAUUAAUAAAGAAUUCAAAGAGCUGGACAGCAGGAGGAAGAAGCAGCUUCUCAAGGAGGUCCCUUCCUUGCAGUCUCUAAACGGCGGCGCUCCGAUGAGGAACGUUCAGGUCCUUCCUUCGCAUGAGCUGACCAGCACCAGAAUCGCCGAAAAGCUUGGAAAUAAUAAAGACCUUGCUAGAAUGCUGGCGGACUUUAGAGCAAGGGGAGGGAGAAUCCAGCCUAAAGACUUUGACCCAUUUGCACAUAAUAAGGAGCCGCCGGUAAGAGUGGUGUCCAAGAGCGACAGCGAGGAAGACCGCGGCCAGGUGCAGAAUGACCUAGCCUGGGCUUCAAAGGUCGACUGCUUAAAUCCUGUGAACCACCAGCGGCUCUGCGUUCUUUUCAGUAGUUUUUCGGCACUCUCUAACAACGCUCCCAAUCCGUGUGUCAGCCCCUGGAUUGUUACAAUGGAAUUUUAUGGGAAAAAUGAUCUUACCUUGGGCAUAUUUUUGGAACGUUACUGUUUCAGGCCUUCAUAUCAGUGCCCCAGUAUGUUCUGUGAGACCCCAAUGGUGCAUCACAUUCGCCGCUUCGUUCAUGGCAGUGGUUGUGUGCAGAUUGUGCUAAAGGAGCUGGACUCUCCUGUUCCAGGGUACCAGCACACCAUUCUCACCUAUUCUUGGUGCAAGAUCUGCAAACAGGUUACCCCAGUGGUCCCUCUCUCUAAUGAUUCCUGGUCCAUGUCCUUCGCGAAGUACCUGGAGCUGCGCUUCUAUGGCUAUCAGUACACUCGCAGAGCCAAUGCGGAGCCGUGCGGCCACUCCAUUCACAAUGAUUAUCACCAGUACUUCUCGUAUAACCAGAUGGUGGCGUCUUUCAGUUUCACUCCCAUUAGGCUCCUUGAAGUUUGCCUACCAGCACCUAAAAUUUACAUUAAACAUCAAACUCCCUCAAGGAUGUGCCUGAUCCAGGAUCUUAAAGAUCUUUCACAAAAGGUGUCCCAAGUGUACCUGGCCAUCGAUGAACGCCUCACCUCACUUAAGACUGAUACUUUCAGCAAAACAAGAGAAGAAAAAAUGGAGGACCUCUUUGCACAGAAAGAGAUGGAGGAGGUAGAACUGAGAAACUGGACCGAGAAGCAGCAAGCCAGAUUGUUACAGUGCUCAGUGGACACUCAGCAGCUACAGCUGGCCCUGGAGUCUGUAGUGGUCAAGAAACAGAACCUUUGUGAGAUGCUACAGUCCUGGAACAGCAGACUGCAAGAUCUUUUCCAACAAGAGAAAGGAAGAAAGCGUCCCUCAGUCCCACCUAGUCCUGGUCGACACCGGCAAGCCGAGGAAAAUAAGACCAAUUUGUUGGAUUCUUCUCCACGGAAUGCAUCCCCUGUGACCCAGAAUGGUGAUAAAGAGGACCGUUACCUUAACAACAUGUCAUCAAACUCUUCUGGCUCUUCACUACUGCAACUGCCUUCACCACCAGAGGGAGCUACAGAGCAGCUUUCUGCUGGACCAACAUUUCCCAGCACAUCGUCUGCAAGUGACCAGGAUUAUUCUGGCACCAUGGAAGAUGUGUUUGAGCAGCACUUACUGGGGUCCACCGAUAGCCAAGUGAAAGAAAAAUCGACCAUGAAGGCCAUUUUUGCAAACCUGCUGCCGGGCAACAACUACAAUCCCAUUCCCUUCCCUUUUGACCCAGACAAGCACUACCUGAUGUAUGAACACGAGCGAGUGCCGAUUGCAGUCUGCGAGAAAGAGCCCAGCUCCAUUAUUGCAUUUGCACUCAGCUGCAAAGAAUACAAGAAUGCCUUAGAAGAAUUGUCGAAAGCAUCCACAAAGAACACGUCUGAGGAAGGGGGGCAGCUGAACAGUGCCGCGGACAGCAGAACAAAAAUCAACAGCCCUGCCAGGCAAGCUGAGAUGGCGACAGCAGCAAUGCCACUAAACCGCAGCACAGAAGCCGAUGUUCCGACCAGAAAGUCGACGGGAGUGCUGUCUUUUUUCCGUGGUUCAGGGACCCGCAGUCCCGAUCUGUCCUUACAGGGUGCCGACAGUGCUCAUUAUCAGGUUGGACAGUCGGCAAAGGAUGGGGCGGACAGCCAUGGGCCUGAGCCCCAAGAAGAAGCAGACGGUGGAGACAAGCAGAAGAAGCAACUUUCAAACCCUCACGUGGAACUUCAGUUCUCCGAUGCCAACGCAAAGUUUUAUUGUCGGAUCUACUACGCCCAAGAGUUCCACAAGAUGCGGGAAGAAAUAAUGGAGAGCAGUGAGGAAGACUUCAUCCGCUCUUUAUCCCACUGCAUUAAUUGGCAGGCUCGAGGUGGAAAAUCUGGCGCCGUUUUCUACGCUACUGAAGAUGACCGGUUUAUCCUGAAGCAGAUGCCUCGCUUGGAAGUUCAGUCGUUUCUAGAUUUUGCUCCACAUUAUUUCAGCUAUAUAACAGGAGCGGUGCAGCAAAAGAGACCAACGGCACUCGCUAAGAUCCUCGGAGUUUAUCGAAUCGGCUACAAAAAUUCUCAGAACAACACAGAGAAGAAACUGGACUUGCUUGUUAUGGAGAACCUUUUCUAUGGUCGCAAAAUGGCACAGGUAUUUGACCUUAAAGGAUCUCUGCGAAACCGAAAUGUGAAGACCGACUCUGGGAAAGAGAGCUGUGAUGUAGUACUGCUGGACGAAAAUCUGCUCAAGUUGGUGCGGGACAACCCUCUGUACAUCCGCUCCCACUGCAAGUCUGUGCUGCGGGCCUCCAUCCACAGCGACGCGUACUUCCUCUCCAGUCACCUCAUCAUCGACUACUCUCUGCUGGUGGGCAGGGACGACACUUCAGACGAGCUCGUGGUGGGGAUCAUUGAUUAUAUCCGGACGUUCACAUGGGAUAAGAAAUUGGAAAUGGUUGUGAAGUCAACUGGAAUAUUGGGUGGUCAAGGCAAAAUGCCCACCGUGGUCUCCCCAGAGCUGUACAGGACUCGCUUCUGUGAAGCCAUGGAUAAGUACUUCCUCAUGGUCCCUGAUCACUGGACGGGCUUGGGGGUGAACUGCUGAAACAUUCUUUUUCUUUUGUUUUAUUAUUUCCACGAUUGGCUCCAUGAGGACACGUGUCAUCCAAUCACAAGAAGCUAAACUACGUGAUUUAAAAAAGCAAACGGAAACACUUUAUCAGCUUAGACCUGACCGUAGCCUUAACGACGUGAACUCCAUUGAAGUCUGACGCUGCUCUCUUCACAUUCCACGGCUUUCUGGAAAUCCAAAGGACAAUCCGUGACAACACUACUUGACAUCGCUUCAUUCAAGCUGGACCACCCACUUUUUUUUUUGUUUUUUUUGACUCCCCCUCUGCCCCCUUUCGUUGGACCAUCUCAUUUCGGCUCAGAUUUGGUACAGAAUAAUACGCCACGGCGUCGAGAGCCCUCCUCAAAAAUCUCAUUUUGCAGCUCGUGACGAUGGACUGUUAACCCCCCCAAUAUUUUUCUCCACAGUUUUUCUUGUAUAUUUUGUAUUGAACUUGUUUCUUCAGAGAUAUUUUAUACUUUUGGGACUCAUGUGAGGUCAAUGGUAAGAUUUAACUUAAGUAAAUAAAGCUAACCAGCUACGUACGGCACUGGGACGGGACGGCACUCUGAAGCGGCUGCUCUUUAGUGUGCGGGUUUGGCUUUGUAUACUAAAGAAAAAAACAAAAAGAACAGAAUAUAAAAGGGGGUCUGCUUGAUGUGACUGAACCGCUGCUCAUUUCUGUGCCAUGUGCUAGACUGGCAUUAUGCCCGGUGCUGUCUGAAUGACUGAAUUCAUAAUGUUGGCUUAGAAUGAUAAUAAUUAAUAAUAGCUGUAAUAACAUUUACAUUUGUCCAUUUAGCGAACGCUUUUAUCCAAGGUGACUUACAAAAGAGGCCAUCGUUAAUUAGGGUCUGUCUUAAGCAAGAUUGGUGCAGAAAAACGAUCUUAACAAAGGAAAACAUGAUUGAGACUUUAGAAGUAAGCAGCCAUUAAGCCGAUUAAAGCACAAGCUAAAUGAACCUCACCUUAGCUACGAAAAGAAGAUCACAUCAUUUGGGCACACUUACCGUAUUUACUCGCGGAAAAGUCAGGCUUGAUUUUAACGUAUAAUUUCUGGUAUUUUAUAAUGUCGGUCGUAUAAGUCGAAUGCGGAAAACUCACGAUAUUGGUCCAAGAGAUCACGAUA